AUGGUCCACAAUCCACUUAUUCUUGAUCUAACCUAUGGUAAUAUGGAAGAUGAACUACAUGCAUAUCUCAGCAAUUGUCAUUGCCUUAAUGACUGGAAGGAUCCCAAGAAUUCAUUUGUCAACAUCAAAGCCAAAGAAGACAAUAAUGAGGAGCAGGAGGCAGAUGAAGAUGAUGUCAAGAAUGAAGAUAUUGAGAUUGAGGAUGGGGAGCCUAAAUGCCAUAUGCUGACACUUCUGCCAAGGAUCAAGGAUAAUUUGCAUACCAGUAGCAGUAGUUCAGGAUAUCAACUUUUUCCAAUUGCACCUGCCCAAACAACUGGCUUUAUUUUCAAAAGGAGGGUGUAUGCAGUCAGCAUUAAUGUACCUGCCAGGCAAUUCCUCACUGAACACUUUGAGAAGGAAGGAUUUAAAAUUCUUUAUAUCAUGUCCAACAAUCCUCAGACCUUCAUGACAUCCAUCCCACAGUUGCAUGGAGGGACCAUCAAAAAAUGGCAAGUUUUAAGCAAGGACAAAGAGACCACUGUCAACACCCUGCAUUUGAAAUUCCCUUCCCCUGCCUGGCUCAGAAUCAAGCAUGGGAAGUACAAGGACACCAUAGGUUACAUCUUCAAUUCAAAGCAGACAAAUAAUUUUGUAACUGUACUUAUCCCUCCCAGGGAGUUCCCCUAUAAUAUGCCUAAGGGAUCUGUGGUGCUCUUUGACCCCUCAUGCCUGCCUACUGGAAUCUUGCCAUCUGAUGUCACUCAUGAUGGAAAAGUUGUCGCAUCAAAAUACAAGAGUAAGGAAUACUAUUGUGGCCUGCUCAAGAAGAACUUUCACCAGUACUGCACUGAGUUGGUGGUUGUCCCUCAUCCUGAUAACCUCCACCUGCAUCUGUAA